UGCAUUUGGCACUCCGAUAGCGGGCACAGCGCCAGUUGACGCUGUUCUUCAGCUUGCGAUCCAUUACGAACUCGUGAUUGUCGAUGAUCAGUUUCAGCUUCUUCUUACGGGUGCAGGUAUAGGAAGCCAAAUGUGAAACUUCUGAAAGAGAGAAUACAUCGGAUUAGUGGCAGUGUCUGGGUUCAGGUGGACAAUGUGGGUGUGUGUUCAAAGGGGAACUAACUAGUGUUUGCAUUUAGGGUUUAUUAAGUAUCAAUUCGAACUGAGAUCAAAGCAUACAGAAAGAGCUUAAGAGUACAAAUCUAUUUAGAUCUACUUCAGCCGACAGGCAGGAGCUUGACCGGUUGCCUGCGGCCGUUGGCUGUGGGGGCAUGGUUAUGCUUGCUCGCAUGGAUAAUCUGUCCCCGUAGUGUGUGUACCCGACCAUGGCACUUGAUGUGGGUGGUGUACUGUGUGCAACGCCAGUAGAUCUUGUCGUUGACGGUCUUCUCUCGGACAUAGGAAUAGUCUUCGUGCUGCAGCAAAAUGCGUCCCUUCUGGCUCACGCUGUAGUCAAGCUCUGAAAUGAAUAAAAGUAAAACAAAUUCAUGGACUCAUGUGUCAGUUCCUGCAGUUGCUGGACCUCCUCCUCGUGGAGAUCGAAGCCGACGGCGUUCUCAAUCUCACAAUCUAUCUUGGCCAUCAUCUGGCGUGGCUCCCGCAGCGUAUGCACCUUGCUGGAGCUGUACUUGUUGCGCUUCAGCUCUGCGUGCAUGUGCUCCGCUUUGGCAAUGAUGAACUUGGGGGGUGACUCCUUCAGCAUUGUGAUGCGAGCGGGACACUUGAGCUUCUUCGUGGCCAUCGAGCUGCAGCGCCACAAUAUCUUUUUCUUGUUCUCACUCAUUAUCAGGAAGCGUAUGCCGUUGGCCAUGAUGGCGGGUCGCCCGCGCAGCGAUUUUGUGAAGAAGACAAGAACAUCCUCCGGAUUGGGCACCUCAUCGUUGGCCAGCACAACUGCAAAGGAAAACGUAAAUGCAAAAAUGGGGAUUAGUGUCGGUGGAAUGUGCCAUUUUGGGAGCAAAACACAAAACUCAAAGAUGGCCAUUCAGAUAUAGCAUGAUAGAUUUAGCACUUAAAUUACAUAGUGAACAUAUCCGCCAUGCUCUCGGGCAGACUCCUCACGCUGGAAACCACAGGCGUCGUCGGAUCCUGCUUCGACUUGCGCUUCGGCCUGAUGUGACGGUGCUCGUGUAUCUGGCGGAAGUCCCUGAUAUUGGUCUUGCUCAUGCAAAUGAGCACGGGACAACGUGUGGGCCGGUAAUACCAGUGACAGCGCCAGUACAGAUUGGUCCGAUUCGUGUUGUUGCGAAAGAACUUCAUACCGUCCAGCCAGAGCAGCUGCCCGCCGCGCUUCGAUACGGUGAACUGAAUGUUGGGAUGAUUGCCCCUGUAUUCGCCUCGGCCAUGGAUCCAAACUGGAAGCAAACGAGAAAGCAGUGAUACAUGUUAGUACGAAAGCUGUGAGGGUUCUCAGCGGCAUAAACUGUGGGACACAAAAGAUUACAUUUAUCGAUGCGAUUCAAUUAUUAAAA